AUCGUGAGGCUAUUACAAGCAAAAACUCGGCUCUUGAGCUACCAAAAAUGGCUGCAAUUCCUGGGUCAACAGGGGGUCCGGUAAUUCCAUCCCACCAUUGAAACAUGGAGAGCGACUAUCUAACAUGAAUCAGUCUAUGGACCCCUUUAACAAGCUUCAUUCCGACACCGGUUCUUUGUUGCAUGAAGCAGAAUCGAAGCCCGAAUUCCAAAAAGAGCAAGAUGAAGCCAAACAACGGCGUCUGGCUCAGGUGAUUGGUGACCAGCAACUGGCGCCCAUGACCAUCAACGAGCUUCGAAUCCACGGUGCGGUCAACACACGAACGAACUUCCUCGAUCCCAUUUUCCAACCCCUCAUUGCCGAUGCCUCGAAUGCGAGCUCGACUGUUGGCGAUGUUAUCAACAGUCUCCGUAUCGCAAGCAACAAGCUCGAUGGACUACAAAUAUUCCAACCUCAACCCGAAGUCUACCUCACCUCUGCCCAACAAACCGAUCCUUCUACCUCCCCCACCGAUGUGAACGUCGAUAUCCGAGUCAAGGAGCUGUCUCGAUUCAAGCUUCAAACUGGUACCGACGUUGGCAAUGGAGAGGGAUCCGCUUAUGGUUCGCUAUUAUGGCGAAACAUGUUUGGUGGUGCUGAGAUGUUGACGCUUAAUGCAAAGGCUGGUACGCGUACGCGCUCAGCUUAUAGCGCCACUCUUACCGCACCUGUCAAAAGUAACCCUGACAUGAGGUUAUCGCUUGAGGGUGUGGCUUCAGCCGCUGAAAAGCCAUGGGCUUCUCAUGAAGAGGUCCUCAAGGGCGGUACACUGCGAUUCUCGUGGCUCAAUCAACAACGCGAUACACAGUCCGUUGAGUAUUCGGGCAUCUGGAGGCAGAUUACUGGUUUGGCUGAAAACGCUAGCCCAACGGUCCGCGCAGAUGCUGGUGACUCGAUUAAGAGCUCUAUCAAGCACACAUUCUACAGGGAAAGGCGUGAUAACCCUCAACUUCCUCAGAGCGGAUACAUGCUCCGAUCUGGACUUGAGGUAGCUGGUCUUGGUCCACUUGCUGGUGAUGUUGCUUUUUCAAAGGGUGAGGUCGAAGUCGGUGGUGCUGUCCCAAUUCCUCUACCAGGCAUUCGUGAGCGAACAGGAAUCUCGAUGGGCGGUGGCCUGAGACUAGGUUUGCUUUGCCCAUUGCCUCUUGGUUAUGAGUUUGCUGGAAAGCUUCGCCCUACUCGAAUCAACGAUCGCUUCCAACUUGGAGGACCAACAGAUGUUCGAGGCUUCAAGCUCGGAGGUCUAGGCCCCCAUGAUGGUUCUGACUCUGUCGGAGGCGAUGUCUUUGCUGCUGGCAGUGUCAAUAUGCUCCUCCCCGUUCCCUACAAGGGACCAGAUUCCGGUCUACGAUUCCAGCUCUUUGCUAACGGUGGUCGUCUCAUCGCUCUCAAGGACAACAAGAAGUCCUCUAGCAGUGGUUCCACGCAAGAGCUGACUGGGGCUGCUGUCCGAAAUGGCAUGGUGAACGCAGUUGGUGAGCUCUUCAACGGUGUUCCCAGUGUUGCUGCUGGUGUUGGCCUUGUUUAUGCUCAUCCUGUUGCUCGUUUCGAGCUGAACUUCAGUUUGCCUUUGGCUCUGAGGAAAGGAGAGGCUUCAACGAAGGGGCUGCAGGUCGGCGUGGGAAUCAACUUUUUGUAAAAACAUAGAUAUCCUUAUGACUGAAAUACCACUCUUGCAUUUCAAAUCCCAAAUUAUUGCUGUUCAUGGGGACUGGUCAUGAGUUGCUCUUAUGGUCCUUUGUGGUGUUUCAGUAGAUAGCUCACAUUCGCCCCUCUAUAUGAUUCAGAACAUCUCCAUUCGAUAGACACGUCAGGGCUUAUGAUCGAAUAAGUGUAUUCAAAUGAUACGUUGAGGGAACUUCACAUGUCAUAGUAGUAUUCCUUUAUAUCUUACAUCUUAGUUCUAACACAGACUAGUUGUUGGGAGUAGGAACGCACACAGAAAAUACACAGUUGUUGUAAGACCUUCAGC